AUGGAUUCUCAAAAGUUCUCUGCUGGUGUUAAAAUUGCUCAAAUUUCAUCGAAUCAUGGAGAACUUUUUGGUGUAGUUGGUAAGCCACGGUUAAUCCAUGUGAACGUUGGGGAGGACAUUGUGUCUGAGAUAAUGAAUUUAUCACAACAAGGACCUAUGAAAAUUUGUAUUCUUUCUGCAACGGGUGGCAUAUCUACCGUCGUCCUUCAAGAGUCUGCAACGGGUGGUGGUAUUGCGACAUAUGAGGGUCAAUUUGCCAUCAUCUCAUUAUCAGGGUCAAUCAUGCUGUCAAAAAGUAGUAGAACAUGUGACCUUAGCGUGAUGCUAUCUAGGCCAGAUCAUAUUGUUUUCGGAGGUUACGUUGCAAAGCUCACAUCUGCUACUCCGAUACAGGUGGUUGUGAGUAGUUUCAUUCCGAAAAAGGAAAAGCUCGAGUCUAAGGGUGAUAAUGAUGCUCCCAAGGGUAUUCAACUCGUUGAUCCCCCUGCAGCUGUGUAG